UCUCCUCUCGUUCCCAAAACCCACACUUUUUCGUGGCGGCUCCCUCUUCUUGUAUAAUUUUCCCUCCCUUUUUCCAUCCCAAAAUCAGAAGAGGAAGAUAAGAAAAAAAAAUGCCCCUUUCUCUAAAUCUCACCACCCCUCUUCAAGCUUCACCGGAGUUCUCGGGCUCCAGUUUCUCCCCUCGUCGCAGAAUUAGGGUUUCGUCGAUCGUACGCUCGGACAUGGGCAUUGAUUCGAAUCACAUCCCCGCGGCGCCAAUUCUCUUGCCUGAGGGCCCUUGGACGCAGAUAGCAGGGGGUGUUACUGCUGCUAAAGGAUUCAAAGCCGCGGGGAUUUAUGGCGGUCUUCGUGCGAAGGGGGAGAAGCCUGAUCUGGCUCUUGUUACUUGUGAUGUUGAUGCAGUUUCUGCUGGAGCAUUCACUAAGAAUAUAGUGGCAGCUGCACCAAUUACCUACUGCAGAAAAGUACUAGAUGCUUCAUCAUUGGCACGGGCUGUGUUGAUUAAUGCUGGUCAAGCAAAUGCUGCAACAGGUGAUGCAGGUUAUCAGGACACAAUAGAAUGUGCAAAUGCUGUUGCUGAGCUUCUCCGGUUGAGUCCAGAAGCUGUAUUCAUUCAGUCCACUGGUGUUAUCGGUCAAAGAAUAAAGAAGGAGGCCCUUCUUAAUUCACUUCCAAAACUCAUGGGUUCGCUAUCAUCUACUGUUGAGGGAGGAGAUUCUGCAGCUGUGGCUAUUACCACAACUGAUCUUGUAAGCAAGAGUGUGGCCAUCGAGACUAAGAUUGGAGGGACGCCUAUAAGAAUUGGGGGAAUGGCAAAAGGUUCAGGAAUGAUCCAUCCAAAUAUGGCAACCAUGCUUGGGGUGGUAACUACUGACGCUCUAGUCACGAGCGAUAUUUGGAGAGAGAUAGUGCGCAUAUCAGUAAACAGAAGCUUUAACCAAAUCACAGUAGAUGGAGAUACUAGUACCAAUGACUGUGUCAUUGCUUUGGCUAGUGGAAUAUCUGGAUCAACCAAGAUUUAUUCUCUUGAUUGCUACGAGGCUCGUCAACUUCAAGCAUGCCUAGAUGCAGUGAUGCAAGGCCUUGCAAAAUCAAUAGCAUGGGAUGGUGAGGGUGCGACAUGCUUGAUUGAGGUCACUGUUAGUGGUGCAAAUAACGAAGCAGAGGCAGCAAAGUUUGCUCGUUCAGUGGCAUCUUCUUCACUUGUGAAGGCCGCUGUGUAUGGUAGAGAUCCGAACUGGGGGCGCAUUGCAUGUGCUGUGGGCUAUGCUGGCAUUGAUUUUAAUCCAAAUGAUUUGAACAUAUCACUUGGAAGUAUUUCGCUUAUGAACAGUGGUCAACCACGCCAAUUUGACAGGGCUGCUGCCAGUAGUUAUCUCAGACAGGCUGGAGAAACUCAUGGGACUGUUGAAAUCCAUAUAUCAGUCGGAGCUCACCAAGGAAGCGGGAAAGCAUGGGGCUGUGAUCUAAGUUAUGAUUAUGUCAAGAUAAAUGCAGAAUAUACUACAUGAAGUUUUGAUUUCCUACAUGUGUUGAGGACCCUGAGAGCUGUUUUCUUCUGGCAAUAAAAUUAUGUCCUCGCUAUUUGUUCAUCUCAUGAUAAAAGAGCAUGGCAAUGGAUAUCUUUCUCUACAGAGAAGCUUGGGACAAUUGGAUCAUCUGGAUGUCUAAUGCAACGGGUAACUCCCGUUACCAGCUUCGGUCACCUCUUGCCUUAUUUAUUUCUCUACAGAAAUAAGUACCGUGCAAUACGUUGUUGUAACACUAGUGUAAAACUGUUUUCUUCGUGUUUUAGUUCAUGCUAGGAUUGUGAACUCCCUGUAUAAAUGGGGUCAAAUAACUACAUGUCUGGUAUUUAGUUUAGGUUUGGUGACUAAUCGAUUGUUGGACACAACAUUUCAGGCAUACAUUUAACCUUCAAUUGAGAUGUUUCAGGCAUG